AUGGCUGAACAGCAAGCUCUCUCUCAGAAAGUGAUGGCUGAACAGCAAGCCCUCACCACAACAGUGAGAAAUUUGGAGUGUCAAAUGGGACAGCUUGCUAGUGCUCAAAACACUAGACCAGCUGGAGCUCUUCCAAGUGACACUGAAGCCAAUCCUAGGGCGACCCUUAAUGCCGUGUCGUUGAGGAAUGGGAGACAACUCGAGGAAGUUCUAUCUAAAAAAGGGAAACAGGUGACUUUUAAUGAGAGGCCAGCCACUGUAGAAUCAACACCAGAGAAAGCCAAGGAGCCAGAGAAGCCAGCUGGAGAGGCGGUGGCUGAGCAAUCCCCACAAUUGGUUGCAAGGCCACCACCUCCAUUCCCUCAAAGACUGCAGAAAUUACGAGAUAAUGCCGCAUAUAAAAAGUUUCUUGAUAUCUUGAAGCAGUUGCAAAUCAAUAUUCCAUUGGUUGACAUCUUACAAGAAGUACCCAAAUAUGCAAAGUACAUCAAGGACAUUGUGGCGAAUAAAAGGAGGCUGACCGAGUUCGAAACUGUAGCACUCACUGAAGAGUGCAGUUCCAGAAUUCAAGGCAAGUUACCUCAGAAAUUGAAGUAUCUAGGUAGUUUGACUAUCCAAAUCACGAUUGGUAAACAUGCUGUUGGGCGAGCUCUAUGUGACCUCGGAGCAAGCAUCAAUUUGAUGCCGCUAUCUAUAUUCAGACAGUUGGGGUUGGGUGAACCACGCCUAACAACAGUUAUCUUACAGUUAGCUGACCGCUCCCUUGCUCAUCCUGAGGGAGUGAUUGAAGAUGUGCUAGUGCAAGUGGGGUCUUUCAUAUUCCCAUCUGAUUUCAUCAUCCUGGAUUACGAGCCUGAUCAGGAAGUCCCAUUUAUUUUGGGGCGUCCAUUCUUAGCCACGGGCCGAGCUAUUAUUGAUGUUUGUGAAGGAAAGAGGACAAUGAGAGUGGGUGACAGGGUGGAGGUCUUUAAUGUUUAUAAAGCACUCAAGUUACCAGCCCAUAAUGAAGAGUUAUCCAUGAUCUCUGUGGUGGAAGGUGAUGCCACAUCGUUAGUACCCUAUAUGAGCCCUGCAGAUCCUGUUGAACGAGUAUUGAUUGGGGACUUAGAAAAUAGUGAAGAUGAAAGGAUGGGAGAAAUUGAGCAAGUGCUGGAUAUGUCAUGCAGUUAUGUACAUGGGGUUAGAAAAUUUGAAGAGUUGGACAGGCCUGUCACUCUGACCCUCCCCAGGCCAUCUAUUGAAGAAGCUCCGAAGUUAGAACUCAAGCCACUUCCAGCGCAUCUGCGCUAUGCUUAUUUGGGGAACUCAGAGACACUGCCCAUGAUUAUUUCAUCCAGCUUGACCAGCACUCAAGAAGAAAAAUUGCUCAGGGUCCUCCGCGAGCAUAAAAGGGCCAUUGGGUGGACUAUAGCUGACAUCAAGGGUAUUAGUCCAUCGUUUUGCAUGCAUAAAAUCUUUCUAGAGGACGGACACCGCCCCAGUGUAGAGCAACAAAGGAGAUUAAAUCCCAUUAUGAAAGAGGUGGUGAAAAAGGAAGUAAUCAUGUUGCUCGAUGCAGGUAUCAUUUUUCCUAUUUCUGAUAGCAACCGGGUAAGCCCGGUUCAAUGUGUGCCCAAAAAGGGAGGAAUGACUGUAGUUGAGAACGAGAAGAAUGAGCUAAUCCCCACUCGCACUGUUACGGGCUGGAGAGUCUGCAUUGAUUAUAGAAGGCUCAAUAAGGCAACUCGCAAGGAUCACUUCCCACUCCCAUUCAUCGAUCAAAUGCUAGACAGGCUGCUUGAAAAAGAUGUCACUUUCAAUUUUGAUGAUGCUUGCCUCAACGCAUUUGAGGAACUUAAAAAGAAGUUGGUGACUGCCCCCAUUAUUGUGGCACCUGAUUGGUCUCUACCAUUUGAACUUAUGUGUGAUCUGAAUUACACCACCACUGAGAAGGAGUUGUUAGCCGUUGUGUGGGCCUUUGAGAAAUUCCGGGCAUACUUGGUGGGAACGAAAGUCAUAGUCCAUACGGAUCAUCCAGCAAUCAGGUCUUUGUUUACAAAAAAGGAAUCCAAAGCUCGUUUGAUGCGCUGUGUGUUGUUGCUGCAGGAAUUUGAUGUAGAAAUACAAGAUCGAAAGGGGACAGAAAACCAAGUAGCUGACCAUCUAUCAAGGUUGGAAAAUCACGAUCACGUGGAGGAGGGUGGCCAAAUUAAGAAGUCUAGAAAGCGGUUCUUACAUGAUGUGAACUUCUAUUACUGGGAUGAGCCCUAUUUGUUCAAGCAAUGUGCUGAUCAGUUGAUGAGGAGAUGCAUUCCUGAAAAAGAGGUGGAAUUAGUGUUGUAUGAUUGUCACGCAUCACCUUAUGGGGGCCAUCAUGGAGGAGAUAGAACAGCUGCAAAGGUGUUACAAUCCGAUUUUAUGGGGCCAUUUCCACCGUCCAGAGGAAACAAAUACAUUUUGCUAGCCGUUGACUACGUGUCAAAAUGGGUGGAGGCAAUUGCCUUGCCAACAAAUGAUGCCAUGGUGGUAGCUGCUUUUGUGAAAAAGAACAUAUUCUCGAGAUUUGGGACUCCACGGGCCUUAAUCAGUGAUGAAGGGACUCAUUUUUGCAAUCGAUUGUUGAGUAACCUUCUUGCUAAAUAUGGAGUUUGCCACAGAGUUGCUACAGCAUAUCAUCCGCAGACAAGUGGGCAAGCUGAGGUGUCAAACAGAGAAAUCAAGCAAAUAUUAGAGAAGACGCUGAGUGUGAAUAGGAAGGAUUGGGCUGCAAAGUUGGAUGAUGCCCUAUGGGCGUAUAGGACUGCAUAUAAAACGCCAAUUGGAGCGUCCCCCUACAAGCUGGUUUAUGGGAAGGCCUGCCACUUGCCCGUUGAGCUUGAACACAAAGCAUACUGGGCCAUUAAGAAGCUGAACAUGGACCUUGAAACCGCAGGUGAGAAAAGACUUAUGCAGUUGAAUGAGUUAGACGAGUUCAGGCUGCACUCUUAUGAAAAUGCCAAGCUAUAUAAAGAAAAGACAAAACGAUGGCAUGACAAGCAUAUCAAGCCACGUCACUUUGAGCCAUGCCAACAGGUAUUGUUAUUCAACUCUAGACUACGGCUGUUCCCUGGGAAGCUAAAGUCGAGAUGGUCAGGUCCUUUUGAGGUGGUGAGAGUCACUCCUUAUGGUGCAAUCGAGCUGCGAGCUUUAAAUAGUGAGAGAAAAUUCUUGGUGAAUGGUCAUAGAGUCAAGCAUUAUUGGGGAGGAAUGAUUAAUCGUGAAAAGACCAAGGUUGUACUGGCUGAUGAGUAA